UAUUUAUAUUUUGUUUGCUUGUAAAUUUUGUCUUCAUUCACUAACUAAUUAGUGGGAUUUCUUUUUAAUUCUUAAAACAUUCUAUUGUACGUUGUGCAUAGUCUAGAAAAAUAUAUCUAAAACAUUUUAUUGUAUUUUUGCAGACUGAUUGAAGUCUUACUCAAUCGGUCUGUUUAGUUUUACUUUAGAGUUUAAAAGUCUUUUCAUUGCUUGUGUUUACGUUUAUAUUUAUGAUUUAGACUUUUUACAAGACUCAACAAUGUCUAACGUCGCCUAUGAUCUGGAUACGUCGGGCGGAUUAAUGCCGCUUAUCCGGGCGCUUAUAAAGCCGCCCGACGAAGAUUUGAAUGCACAGAAGCCUAAGAAAUCGCAGCAUCCAUAUUAUAAGAGGCCUGGCAAGGGUCACAAUCAUGAUUCUUGCGACGCCUGUGGAGAGGGUGGAGACCUGAUAUGUUGUGAUCGUUGUCCGGCUAGUUUUCAUCUUGGGUGCUAUGAUCCCCCAUUAGAUGAGAAUGACAUCCCAGCAGGCCUGUGGCUGUGUCGGGAGUGCCGUGCAUCUGAUGCAGAGAAGCCAGCCAGCUCUCGCAGCAGCCGGGCACAGUCCCCUGCUGACAACAAAUCUGACACAGAAAAGAAGACCAGAUCCCUCCGUAAUCGUUCUAACUCAGCAAAGAAGAAACUCAAAGAUGACCAAGAAGAAGAAAAGAAGGAGGUGGAGAAGGAACUGUCACCGAUGGAGGUUCUCGUGAAGGCAGCUAAGAUCAUGAACCCAAAGCAGUUUGAAUUGCCGAGGGAGAUGAGGGUACCGUGUUUAUUCCCAGGCACAGACAAAGAAGAGAGCAAGAAUGGAGGCGCCUCGCUGGUGACGGUGGACGCGUGGGGCUGCGUGCCGCUGCCGGCCAAGACCUGCUUCAUCUGCCAGGCCACCUGCAAGCACGCGCCGCUACUGCAGUGCGACUACUGCCCGCUGCUCUUUCAUCAGGACUGUCUGGAUCCACCUUUAACUGCGUUACCGACUGGCCGCUGGAUGUGUCCUAAUCACGUCGAGCAAUAUAUCGAUUGGAAGCUAGUGAACUCCAUCUCGGCGACGGAGCGUGUAGCUCUAUGGGAGAAAUUCUCAGGACCGGUGGACCAGCACGCCAUCAAAGUGGACUUCAUCAGGCGAGCCAGGAACCCUCAUCCUUCAUUCAGGGUGAAGGUACCGGCGGGAGUGCGAGGACGCGUGAGAGUCCCGCGCAUGGUGCGCCUGCACUACGAGCGGCCCCCCCCCCUGCAGCCCGCGCGCCGCGAGCACGUGCGCUGCGAGCGCGUGCUAAAAAAUCUAAAAGAAAGCCAAGACUAUUAUGAAACUGAGGAUGAGGAUGAGAAGCCCAAACACAAGAUCUGCCUGAACUUAUCGUGUCCCGAGUACUCCGGCGGUCGCUGUCCUCGUGCUUCCCCACCUCCGUCGCCGCCAAUGUUGCAACAAGCCACACAAGCUGAUGCUGCAGAUGAUCUCGAGGCCAUCUCUGGACACGCUAAGAUUGAUAGGAACAGCGAUGAAUCCAGCGAGUUGUCAGACUCUGACUUCGAGUAUUUGACGGCGUCUGUGAAGAAGCGCAGACUGUCGCCCGAGGAGCGCAGGCGUGGUCAGAGGAAAGACCGGCUCGAGCUGAAGGCCGACGGCGAUGUGGAGGAACUACUGGCCGCGGUGGACGACCAGCUCAAGAAACUGGACGAAAGGCUCGUCAAGUUGUUAGCUUGGCAGAGACUUCAGCAGGUGGCCGCGGGCGAGGCGGUGCGCGGAGUGUGGCGCGGCGCGGCGCUGGGCGCGGCGGCGGCGGCGGCCGUGCGGCGCUCGCUGGACCGGCCGCGCCUGCUGCGGCUGGGAGUGAGGCGCGCGCACCUGCCCUCCGAGCUGCUCACGCGCGCCGAGCGCGAGCGCAUCGCCGCCGCCGUCUGGGGGCCGCCGCCCGCGCCCCGCGCGCCCCCGCCGCCCCCCGCGCCGCCCGCCGCGCCCGCCAGGGCCGCGCUCGUGGCGCUGCGCCCGCCCGCCAGGAACGGCCUGGGCGCGGAGGCGGGCGCGGCGGCGGCGCUGGGCGAGGUGUGCGCGGUGCGGGGGGCGGCGUGGGUGGGCACCGACACCGCCUGCGACGUGCGCCUCGAGCCCGCACGUGCGCCGCGCUGCCGGGCGCUCUCCGCGAGGCACGCGCUCAUAUUCAUGGACGAGGUGACGCAACACUUUGAGUUAAUAAACUACUCAGAGUGGGGCACGCGCGUCAACGGUGUAUUGUACACGUGCGACAUCACGCACAGCGAGCAUGAAUCCGAGCACGAGCGCGAGCACGAGCACGAGCGCGAGCACGCGGCCGAGCACGAGCACGACGAGCAGCGGGAGCCCGAUGAGGCGGAGGCGCGCGCUCGUGCCGUCAGAGACAUCGUGAGGCAUCGAAUGCCGCGACCGAUUAGAGUGAACGGGUCGCUGUCGGGCGGCUCGGGCUGCGGGUGCGGGGGCGGCGGGGGAGCGGCGGCGGCUGCGGGCGCGUGGGAGGGCUCCGCGCUGGUGCCGCACGGCGCGCUGCUGCAGUUCGGGUGCCUGCGGUUCGUGUUCAGCAUCACCGACGCGCUCGCCCCGCACGUCGCCCUCGACCCCGCGCUGUAGCCGCCGGGGCCGGCUCUGCUGCCGCCGGACGCUGCCGUUCGAGUCCAAUCAUUCACCUGCAGUGCUCGUAGGUCAUCGUUGACGUCCAUCGAGCUAUUCCGGUCGGUGAACUUAGUGAAGUUUUAAUAUUGACCUCUAAAAGUAGUUCGGACGGUAGUAACUUGAUAGAUCAAGACGUGAACGUAUUUACAUGGAAUUAUAGAAUCAUUAUGUGACUCGUAAAUUUUGGCGAUUAAAAUCCGGCUCGAAGGACCAAAAAGUGUAUAGUACCCGAUCUUUAUAUUUGAUAAAUUGCUGAUUUGUAUUGUGUAGUAUCACGUGAAUAUAAUAGAACGAUAUACAUUAUCAACUACUUUAUUAGUACUGAUACUUUAUCGUUACUAUUGACUAGAAGUACGGUGUUGCCCGUACAAAUAUGAAGAUGUGUAUUCAGCGCACCCUUAGCUUUACAGCGCUCCAGCGCUGUUUUAAGACUUAAUUCAGUAACUAUCUGUAUUUUCAUAAAUACUGAUCCAUUAGGACAAUUUCAUGAUAAAUGAUUAUCAAACAUAAUCUUUGUAGAAGUUGUGUAAUUCUACUUACAUUAUAAUAUAGCUGCGAAUUCAUGUUGUAUUUAAAUAUUUCUAUUAAAAUAAAUAAAAUUUCUUUAAUAAAACACCUACGUUACUCCUUAUAACAUUAGCUAUCUGCCAGUGAAAUUCUCAACGAAAUCGGUCCAGCCAUUACAAAGCCUUGCAAAAAUUUAUAGUGCCUUUUGGCAUAGGCCUCUUCCAGCUCUCUCCAUUGAUCUCUGUCUUCCGCAGCCCUAUUCCAGAGUGAUCCCAGAGUCAGUUUGAUGUCGUCUUUCCAUCGUGUUCACUAACAAUGUCUCUGGUCCCCUCUCUAGGAUACCAGAGAGUCACUUGUUUGAUCCAUUUGUUUAUUUUCCAUUUAAGAUGUUCUAUUCUUGAGAGUACAUCUGGUACUUUAGUUCUCCUUAAUUAAGCCUUGGUUUAACCACAAUCUG